GAAAUAGGGGGGAAAGCAGAGGAAAAGCAAGAGAGGGAGGGGGGUGUGAUGGAGAGAGAUGAGGGAGAGGGGGGUGCAGCAAUAUGAGUGUGUAUGCAUUUUCAAGGCGGUCUUUCUGUAGCAAGAAGAAGAGGAAAAAAACAGCAGUCUAAGAGGGAACCGAAGAGGUCGGGAUCCCGGUGAAGGCACGCAGACGCGAUCCGGGCUCGGAACAGGACGUUUGACAUCUUCGCGCGUUGGUGGACACUCUUCAGAUGGACAUGCGUUUAAUUUAAGCUCGAGAUAGGUGGAAUCACCUCAGCGGCGUGUGAAAGAGGGAGCGAGCGAACAAGAGGGGAGGGGGGCGGGGGUGUAUGGACCUCACUGGCUACGGGACCUACAGGCGCCCCGAUUGUGUUCCGCUCGCAUCAUUUUCGGAGGCGAGGACAAAAGGAAAAAGGGGAAAUCGGAAGAAAGGCCCGGGAUCCGAGUGUCGUGACGGGCUGCCCUCCCUCCCCACACCCCCGCGCCUCCCCCACCCACCCCCCCAGCCAGCCAGCCAGCCAGCCCGACUUCGCCGCCGCUGGUUCGGGGCUGUCUGGACUCAGAGAGGGUGAGGGGAACCGCGGCGGAGCGCUCGACUCGAGGCUGGGGUUUCCUGUCACAAAACAGCCUUUCACUCUUCCGAGGGGCCUUGUGCUGCUCCGUUUUUCAGAGUUGCAAAGGCUUCUAGUCAGCAGCUCCUGGAAGAUGAACUUCUCUGCAUGGAAAUACUGAAGAGAAAGCAGGUGCUUGAAUUGACUGAGCUUGAGGUGGAAUAAAUGGAUUACCCUCCCUUUGGAAAAUUGUUGCCAUGGAACUAGGUAGAGUUAAGUGUUGGUUGACAUAAUGUAACAAAGGUAAGACCGCUACAUGCUGAAGAUACAGGCGAGCACCACGAAGAGUCUGAACACAGUCAAGAAAAGAACACUUACUUAAUAGGGACCAAAGUCUUCUACAGUCCAAAUUAGUUCACGCAGUAGUGAAAAAAACAACUAAAAGCAGUAUUUGAAAGGGAAUCGCCAAGAAAAAGAACAUCUCAAAACGUAUUACACUUUGCAUCCAAGACCUGAAGAGCAUAUCAAUGGGGUGUUUGCCUCUGGGAGAGUUCAGUGAACGUCUGUAUUCAGACCUCUUGAUUCAAGUUAGAGCCGUUUUGGUCUCACACAGGUGUCAGUCAGGUCCUGGCAAACAUUUUGAAGGGCUGAAAGACUGUUGUGACCAAACACAUUCUCAAUGGUUUUAUUGAGAUUUUUUUUCUUUUGUUUAUUUGCACAACAUGCUAUUGGACCACAAUUGAAUCAUCACAUAGCUCUGUUUGCUUGAGCUAUUAUUCCAGCAGAGGGUAUACAUGUAAAGACAUUUGAGGUCGAGCAUCUCACAUGCUGGUGUGUCAGACGUGAUAUCAUCGCCUGCUCGGUGCCAAACUGCUUCAUGGGAAUGGCUGCACAUUUUUAAUCUUGUUUUUCUGCAGUAGAAACUGCUUCACAAUAUCUUUUCUUUCAAAGUUCCAUUUUUUUAAGACCUAUUUGUAAAGUGAAGCUUUUUUAUUUUUUCAAUGAAAAAAACAUACUAUUAUGACAUUGAAGAAAUAAGACUUGACCAUUUGGCCUUUUCAUAUGUUGAUAAAACUAUUGUCUGUUCAACCUCUACUCACUUUCUUCACCCAGAAAGUGAUCAUUACAUCUGCGCUAGAUAUUCCUCAGCUUAAUUUGUUUUUUUAAGGCAUUUCCUUGUUUUACUGCCAGGCCGUAGACUCUUGUCAUCAUUCAUGGUUACUGCUGUAAGCAUUCCUUUUCCUGAUCACAAGCAUUCCCUGGUAUAGACUCUAACGGUUAUUUCCAUAUUUUUUAUCCAAUCUUGGAAAAACAAUGCAGAAUUUUUCUAACAGUCCGAUUCCCAAUUUGCUUCCCCCGGGAUUCAGUGGGAGGGGUGGAGGGGGAACUCUGUAUCCCUCUCAGUCAGCAGAGCCCCAGAUUUCCCCAAGGAUGACAGACGAUUACGCAGGGAUGCAACAGCAGAGCCUGCACAGAGGCCAUCAUCACCCCAGUCAAGCCAGCCACAUGCUUGCGUACAGUGCUCGAAACAGAGGUGCUGUGGAGGCAUCGCCAACACAGAGUAACGUUCACAGCGGCAACUCUAGCAACCCCUACAGGAAGGACGCCAUGGAUUACUAUUUUUCCAUGGCAGGAAAGGAAAGACACAGGAGGGGAGGCAUGGCAUAUGGGGCAGGGUUUGGGUACCCUAAUAUCGAUGGACAUAUACCUCACCAGUAUCGACAUGCCGGAUCUGGCUCUGCACCAGCAUCCGGCUUGAUGUCACCAUAUCCUGUAGACUACGGCUCAAGUGUUGGUUCUAGUGGAGGUGCUGGUGUUGGAGGGUUCUCUCCUUCACAUCAGUACAAUAUGAGUCAGAAUGCUGCAAUGCAGUCAGUGCCAGGUUCUCAGAUGCAACAUCGCCAGCUUGGACAAGCCUUCCCAGCUGUUCACCAUGGACAGCAGCAUAGGAGCUAUCCGCACUCUGGGCACAGAAUGACCCCUCAGUACUCUCACUACUCACCGCAGGGUGCAGCAUCCACAGGGUCAUCAGGAAUGUACAGCCCUCCUCCACAGAGAUACCUUGACGGGGCUGCUGGUGCGGGGUUUGAUCCCAAAGUCAACAAUUCCCCCAAUGUCAACUCUAGUUCAAAUUCAAUCUCCAGUUCAGUUGCUGCUAACAAUGUGGGGCCAAUGGAGAAUGUUCAGCAGAGUUACCAUGCAUCAAAUUACCCUGGCUAUUCCCAACAGACACUUUCGCUUCACAAGCAAGCCACACUACAGCACCGCAACUCGCAGCACAAUUUAGGGGUAGGCUACGACAACUCUCUCAAGAUGCAGCACCAGGGCCCAUCUCCAGGCUCUGUCUAUGCUAAACAUCAUCAAGCAUCCAAUCCCAGUAUACCUCAAGCAGCAUCUCAAGAAAUAGCCAAAUCCCCAAUGCAUCCCAAUGCUCAACAAGCCCAAAUGAACCAAAACUUUAGCCCGAUAUCCAACCCCUCACCAGCUGCCUCUGCAGUGCAUUCCCCAAGUUGUAGCUCCUCUCCUUCCCCUUUGAUGGGCGUCACAGAGGUACAUGCAAACCCCUCAGGUCAUGGUCCAUCGCAUCAUCCUUCGUCGAACCCCCGUAGCAGCCAUGGUCAAGGUAGAUUACUGCAGACCAUGCCACAAUUAAGUCCCACACCCAACUCAAAUAGCAGCAUCAGUAGUGGUGGUAGCGGAGGCAGUCAUAAAGCUCACAGCAUUGGAGGGAGCAGUGUGCCUCCAACGAGCCGAAACAAAUUGGGUUUAGGGGCAGGAGUUGGAUCGCGAGACGAUGGCUCAUCUAUUUAUUCAUCCUCUCCACUAGACAAAAUGCAAGAUGCUGCCCUGAAUAGUCUUAAUGCCUUGAGCUCACAAGUUGCCAAUUUACCAAACACAGUACAGCACAUGGUUCUCACCGAUUCAGUGCUUUCACAGAAGAAGGGGAAGGAUGUGGGCCAGAUGCAACAGGCAACGCAUGGCGCGCCACCAUCACAACCAAGGAGUCGAAAUGCAAGUGCAGCCUCAAGCACUAGCACAGUUAAAGACGGAAGUGCUCCCGGGAUUGGUGAUGGUGCCAGUUUAGAUGCUGAGGAAGACUCCUCACGAAUUUUAGUUGGAGGCUCGUCGGUGACCAAGGUGGAAAGGGAGGAGCAGUUAUCUGAAGGGGAACAUGGGAGGGUGAGGCAGAUGAGUGGUGCAAGCAGUGGAUCUGAACCAACUGGCUAUCCCCUUGCCUCUGAGAGUGAAACACAGACUGGUCUAACAUCCGCUAAAGAACUAAAUGUUUCUGAAACGAAAGCAAAUGAGACACGCGCAUCCCUUUCAUCGUCAUCCCCAGCUUUUGGAUGUCCGUCAAUUUUACAUUCAAAACCUCCAGUUUCCUCCCCCCCAUCAUCCACAUCUGCCAGUGUUCCUCCUCUGCAGCCAAAUUGUAUCUCCGAGCCUGGUCUGACAUACGGUGACCACAGAGGUGGCCAUCGGAAGACAGCAGAAAUAAAAAGUGAGGUCAUCAAAAAUGAAAAUGAAGGCCCGCUCGACAAACUGGAGAAAGGCCGUCUUCAAAUGCAGCGAGGUGGAGAAGUCAAUUCAAAAAAUUGCCAGGACAAAGAAAACAGGUUGCAUACUGCAUCGAGAUUACACAGCAAUGAGAGGGGAGAAAAACACACGUCUGAGGAGCUCCAGAGUGCUAGUAACGUUGGUGUGAUUGUUUCAGCUCGGUCUGAGGGAAGUCAAAAUGAAAAAAGCAAGCAUCCCCAAGGCAACUGCAUAGAAGAAAAACACUCUUUCCUGAGAGAGUCGAGCAGCCAUAAUGGAGAGGAAGGUGUAGAUCUGAGUUUAUAUUCCUCACCUCACCAAAAAUCGAAUUUUGGACGGCCCCAAAAUCCUCCCCAGUCUGGGCCGCAUAAAUAUGUCUAUCCAGAAUCAACAUAUGGCUCAGAUUUGACAAUGAAAAGCCGAGGGAGGGCUGGCCCGGUGGGUGUGAUGGAAUCAAAUUCCAGAUACUUAGGGUAUCAACAAUCCCAAGCUGGUUAUGGCCAUGUGCAUCCAAAAGAUGCUAGUUCUGCAACAGAGGCUUUGGUAAAGAGAGGGCAAGGCGUAGGAGCUAAAGGUCAGGAAGAUCAUUUGCAGCAAUUUCCAAGUCUUUUGCAAGAGGUUCUUCAAGGUUACAAUUUAGAUAGACGCUAUGGCAGACCGGAGCAGGCCUUCCCGUCCCAUCAGCAAGUUCAACAACCGUUUCAAACUAGACACUCGUAUGGCAUAAAUGAGGCUUUGGCUCAUUCCGGACAGAUUGGUGGCACUUUGAAGCAUCCACAGCCAAACCAGAGGCACGGAAGCGAGCCUAGUUUUGCCACAGAUACUCAGUCUUCAGUGAGGUCUGAUGUACCUAUUACUAAGAUAAUGCAAAAUGCUGACAAAAAUGACAUGGGUGUGUCCUAUGGCCAUUUGACACAGGCUACGGAGUCUCAGCAACCCCCAACAAAGCAUAUAAACUUGGCCGACUACUCUCUCCCACAGAGAAAAGCCUCAUCAAAUGUGUCCACUCCACCCUCUGCUGUGCAGGAGCUCCUGUUGCAAGAGCCAGAGCCGCUAACGGGCAUCAUGGGUCAGACAGAGUCUCAAAAAUCAUCAGGCUCCAUAUUAGCCCCAUCAGAGCGGCGCUCUGUCAUCUGUGAUGUGUCACCAAACCGACGCGGUACUCCAGAAAGGGAAAGUGACAGAGAGCGGGAGAAAAGUGAAGCCUCUGUAAUUCAACAGCCAUUUUCCUCUCCAGCAGCUGCCAGUGAUAUGAGUAAAAAAGAUAUUGGAGAGAAACAAGUGGUGAAAAUUGAAAUGGCAUCAAAGAAGGCUGCCUUGGACGCUGCAAACCUACCACCUGCUCAUCAUGGUGUUGGUUGCGCUGAUGAUGCUGAGAUGGAGUAUCAUUCCAAGUCUGGUCAUUCAUCUGUUGUGAUAAAUGCUGACCCCUACAGGCGAGGUAAUGUGGAUAUUCCAUCCUUACCUUCUCAUCCUUUGAGCGCUAACCCUUUAUCUUCACCUUCAAGGCAUAAGUCUUACCUUCAUGGUGUUGAUUUAUCAACUGGCAGUGGCAACAGCUUUCCUGCCUAUCGAUUUGGAGAUAUACGAGAAGCCAAUAUGAUACCACGCCCCCACAACCCCCAUUUUUCCUCCCACCAUCCGUACCACAAUUUAUCCCCCCAGGCGCAGUCCACAAAUAAGCUUCAGAUGUAUGCUCACCCUCGUGGCGCCCCUCAUCACCCCCAUGAUAUGAACGAUUGGGUGAAAGCAAUGAACAGGCCAUCAAAGGAGAUGAUGCUGCUUCCUGGUUCUUCUCCAGGAAGACAUAAGGUCAGCCAAGCAGAAGCAAGGCAGAGGAUGGUCUCACAAACCGACAUGCCCGUUGAGCUGCUCGCAACCAAAACACUCCAUCAUCAAGGCGCUUUCUUUGAUUUAAAAAUGUGGGAGUCAACACACUCCGGAAGAGACGGUGCUAGAAUGAUGGAGGGAGAAUCGUUUUACAGAACACAAGCGCCUCCUCCCCCUCCCUCUGCUCCUGUAGCUUCACACGUUCCCAUUCUACCACAAAUGAGUCAUGGCCUAAAUGCUGCUGAACCGGGGGUCCCCAGAGGAGCCGCAGAGGACGCCAAACAUCCCUGCCCACCUCCCCCGCCCAUAUCCGCAAAGCCUUCUGCCAACAUGACCUCCACGCAGCCACAGGUGUCGCGUCAGACUAAAGCCAGCGGUUCUGGCGACACAAAUCCGCUAAUGUUGCGAAGGAGAGUUCGUUCUUUCAUCUCUCCCAUUCCUGCCAAAAGGCAACUCCAGGAUGUGUCUCAGCAGAGAGCUGCAACAAAUUCACACCAUUCGCCUGGGGCUCAGUCUGAGUCAAGCUAUCACAAUGAAGACGACUCUAGUUCAGAUAUCCCAUGUCCCAGGCUUUCUUCCCCUCUGCCUGGAGAGAAUACCUACUCGCAAUCUCUAUCUCCAUCAAGUGGUAUUACCAGGGCUAUGCCUCCCAAAAAAGGCAGAGGUUUGAAACUAGAGGCAAUAGUGCAGAAAAUCACACCAAAUAUUAAAAAGCCAGCAGUACAUGUCGAUGAUGACUCGAAUCAUUAUCCAGGCUUCUCUCACUCUGAGAUGCUGCCGUUUAAUGAUUCCCAGGACCAAGACAUGUCACAUUUCCCACGUGGUGUAGGAGGGGACGAUAGUUACAUGGACGAAAGUCAUUCAUUAAACGACAUUAUUUCCUUCAGAGGAGUUGAUGAGACUGGGCCUUUACCUCCAUCUGCCUACCCGUGUGAGCAUCAUCAGGCGUCCCGAGCCCUAAAACAAGACUUUGACUUUGGAUUAGGAUCCACUGUUUCAUCAGCAUCAGGUGACAAGGAGGAUUUCGCUUUGCUUGGACCGUUACCCCCUCCUCCACCUCUUCCUCGCCCGGUCCAGGGUUCCCCCCCUCCAUCUUCGUCUGCCCUGUCGGACAUUCAGCAUUUCACCAACACUUAUCAGCAGCUCGAGACAAGAAGAGGGGAGCAGUCUGCAGCUAACCUCCUUCGACAGAAACUUCAAGAAUCUGGCAUGGGAUUUGAUGAUUAUCCCGGCAGUGACUACUACGGAGGCACUCCACCCCACCAUAAUCAGGCACAGGGGCACAUGCUGAACAGGCCACAUCAGAUGUCCUCUGGCAGGUCCAGCCUGUCGCCACAAGAUCCCAAACUGCACGACAGUUCCGUGCCUAAAGGUUAUUUCCCAUCAGGCAAAAAGAAGGGGAGGCCCGUAGGCAGUGUGAAUAAACAAAAAAGGGCCCAGAAUCAAGCCCAAUCACCAGGGCAGGGUCAGCCCCAAGCCCAAGUUCAGAGCACAACUCCAAGUGCUCCCUCAGUCCCAACCGAGCCAACCACAGCGGAUGCAACAACCCCACCAUUGGUGCCAACUACGAGCAGCACACCGCCCCCCACAGCCCCUCCUCUGUGUGACGGUAACAACUCGCCACCACUGACCCCGCCCAUUUUAACCCAGAUCGUGAAAGUGGAUGUUGAGAGUGAGGAUACGCAGCCAGUUAUCGAGGUCAAGCCUGUGCGAAGGAGACGCAGAGGUGGGAAAGAUGAGAAUGAGACGCUGGAGGCCAGAGGGCGACAGAGGAGGCGAAGGAGAGCACCUGGGCCGACGGCACCAUCGGUGGCCAAAGUCGACCCAGAUCCCCCUUUAGGGGGAGGAGCGAGCCCCGGCCCUAAUAGAGUAUUUGUGGACCCGAAUAGAAAGGGUCCGUUUGUUCCGCACAUACACGUGGAGAACAAAAUACCAGAGAUUGGUGCGGUGUGCAUCAUCGUAAAUGCUGAGGAGGAGAAGCUGAAAGGGGAACGUAGUGCAGUCGGAGGGAAAGUGGGGGGGAAUGGGAUCGAUUCUCCCUCCGCCCCAGCUCCUUUCUCCCAGUUAUCUAGGAGAGACAGAGAGUUGGAGAAAAGGGAGACGGAUGAAGCGGAGACAAUACUUCCGUCGGGAAAAGCGCUCCCCUCCACUGGCUAUAUUGUUACAGGCCCGGUGAUCACAGAGACCCAUCACACUGGCCGCCUGCUCUGCUGCUUGUGUCAGAAAUGGGCAAAUUACAAACACCUUGGCGAUCUUUACGGCCCUUUCUAUCCAGCCGAAUAUGCAGCAAAGCUCCCCAAGAAUAUACCACAGGUUCGACAAUGUCAAGCGCCCAUUGGCACAAGCAAAACGGGACAAAACUCAGACAUGAGCUCAAGCGCUCUGAGGGCCAACCCGGACACGCAAACGCAAGAAGCUCAGUUCAUCCAGCCCCCCACUGUCAGUGACUACGCCAUGAGCCAAGAGACAAACCCUGUUUUUCUCCCCGCCAAAGUCAGAACGGCCCCGACAGCCGCCGGAGAGGAAAUGAUGAUGCACAUGACUGGCAAGUUCAGUAAUGCCUCGUCGUCGUCGUCCUCCUUCUUCUCCUCCUACAUCAGUAAAACAACACCGUCCCUCACCUGGGACAUGAAUCUCGACAUCCGGCCUAUCCCGAAGUUGAAGAGGGAGCCAGAACUUGAUACCGACAAGGAACAUCCGCCAAUCCAGCAGCAGCAGCAGCAAACAGACGAAGCUCAGCAACGACCUCAACACAGAAAGCUGACCUCACACCCCCGCUUUAAAAGGAGGCACAAAUCUAGUGAGGAUUCCCCCAGAAUGGUGCCUUCCAACAGUAAGGCGUCUCUGCCCUUCCAGCCCCCUCCCCCUGCCUUGGACUCCCUGGGACCUUUGGCACAACUUGCCCAGCUGCCUCAGAUGCCGAUGGACCCAGAGGAGCUGUGGGUCCAUGAGGGAUGCAUGGUGUGGACCAGCGGGGUGUAUCUGGUCAACGGGAGACUGUACGGUCUGCAAGAGGCAUUAGAUGGCGCCAGAGAAACGUGCUGCUCCUACUGUGAAAUGGUUGGCUCGACCCUGGGCUGCUACAGCAAAGGCUGUACGCUGCGCUACCACUACCUGUGCGCCAUUGAAGCAGAUUGCUCUCUGAACAAAGACAACUUCUCCCUGCGGUGUCCAAAGCACAAGUUUUCCUUCCAUGCUACUCCCUCUCUCUCCCCCCUCCUCCUGCCUCCUUCGUUCAGUUUACCCAGAGCAUCCGGCCUGCCAAGCCAGUGUACCUGGAGCAGUCAGAGAGAGGCUGAGAGAAACGCAGAAGAGGAAGAGACACCACAGUCUUGGAGCUGUUAGUUUGGUCAAUAGAAGACUGAGGAGUGGGACAGGACUGGCGUCUAUGACGGAGACCAACUAAAGGGAAUGUACACUUUCUCAACGGGAAUCAGCAUCAUUUACAUGUACAACCAUGGAGAAAAGAACCUUUUUUUCUGAGAGAAUUGUUGCUCUUGACUUAAAAGCAGAAAAAGAAAAAAAAAACAUGAACAUGUAACAGAGCGGAAUGGAGCUACAAGUAAAAGAGGAAAAAUGUGACCACAAGACCAUUUGGAACUAAAGGAACAUUUUUGUAGAGAACAAAAGAAACAAACUUCCUCUCUAGGCUUACUUUUAUUUUCCUCGGACACCAUCAAAGUGUAACUCGUGUUUAUCAUCUGUUUAUGUUAUCAGGUUUUUUUUGUUCUUUAGGUGGUUGCUUCAAAAGGCGAUAUCCCAGAAAAGAUAUCAAGAGAAUUUAACAUCUUCUCACGAGUAGUAAAUCUUUCUUAUAAUAGAAUUACCACCAUUAUCAUUAUUUAGUCCUCCUUAUUAUUUUGUAUCCUCGUCAGUAUUUACUCAUGAAUAUAAAAAUAGAUGUAUCUCACUUUAUGUUCUGACAACACAUGAUUUGGAUUUGUUUUUUCAUCCCUGGAGAGGGAGGAGCCAGAGUCAUGUUUGGAAUGUCAGGGUGGAGUUUGCCACAAAGACAUUAUUGCCUUGGAGAACGGACAUCUGUUGCCUUUCAAAAGUCGUGUGUGUGUGUGUGUGUGUGUGUGUGUGUGUGUGUGUGUGUGUGUGUGUGUGUGUGUGUGUGUGUGUGUGUGUGUGUGUGUGUGUGUGUGUGUGUGUGUGUGUGUGUGUGUGUGUGUGUGUGUGUGUGUGUGUGAGAGAAUUAAAUGCCGAUAUCUGGGUCUUUGAUUCCAUCUUUGGUCCUUUUGAAAAGUGUUCUUAUUUUUCAUCCCUGAGGUUUUUACGGUACAGAAAAAAAAAAUCCGAUGGACACCAUCUUAUUUUUCAAGUACAAAUGUUGGUUAUGUGCAAAGCAAAGGACGGGGGGGGGGGGGGGGGGUGCAACACUAGGGACUAAUGCCUGUCAGCCAUCUGAAGAUGACCAGAGGACGCUGAAGGCUUUUCAUUCUUGUGGAACUGUGUCACCGGCUGCACGGUCCACGUGGGACGAGACGUAUGACGGACAUGCAUUUUAGUGACCUGGAGCCUUCGGGGGGGUCGUGUGAUCGGCCUUACCAAGUCGUAGUGAGCGGCGUCACUGUGGAGCCACAGUCAUCCGAUGGGGAGAUGCAGAAUCCAUUCAAAGAAAAACAUUGCCAUACAAUUUCAAAGUGAGUCGUACAUGGUGUUGUCUUUAUCAUUUUCUAUUGUUAUUCUUGUAAAAAAAAAAAGAAGAAAAAAAAAGGAAAAAACGUCACGCUAAGAAGACGGUUACACUAUCAAAACCAUGCUGUAUUAGAAAUCUGUCCAUAUGUAUAUGAAUUAUGAAUACACUUUAAAAAAAAUA